CUCUAGUUCACAAAAUUUGCUUCUAAGUCAACUAAAUGUUUAUCUUUAAUUAACCAAGUGUUUUAAGAAAAGAAAAAACUCCGAAAGUCAAUCGUCGUCUUGUGGUUAUCGCGUUUGCUUUGUAAUCACAAGGUCCGUGGUUCGGUCCACAGCGCGGGCAUGUUUCACAAGUGUCUUUACCGCAGUCACGGGUCAACCCAUGCCAUGUGAGAGAAAUUGGGUAGGCUAGCCGGUGUAUACCUAAUGUAUACAUUCCGAACACUGGACCCACAUUAAUAACAGUGUUUGCAACGCUGAAGUGGCUAUAUCCUGUACAAAUAUUCGGAAUAAUAAUAACAAUAAUCCUCUCAAAAACUUAACUAUGAUUUUUGAAUUCCUCACUCACAUCAAGAGAUAUAUUCUACUUCUCAUUUCUAUAAUUCUAGGUCACAUGUGAGGUAUUUGUAAAUUUUGUGCAUCGUGUUAAAAAGAGUAGAGAAGAGGAUAUUAUUGUUCACUCCUGAAUGAGUAACUGUCGGCUCGUUCUCUGAUACUUUUGUCUUUUUAAUAUAUGCGACUGCAAAAAUUACCCUGGCACCGCAACCUCGUCUCCAGGGCUCCUUUCUCUAUCUCUGACAAUCUCGGACGGCGAGUCAGAAAGAGAGUCCUGGGGACAAGGUUGCCUGGCACCGAUGUCCGCGUUUUCAGUCAGGAUUAUACAUUUUUUAUAACUAUGAUGAUAAUGAUAUGCAAGAAAAAAGCAUUGGGAACGAGAACUCACCCUAAAUAAUUUUUUCGUCGUCCUCUGUCGUAUCAAAAAGGCAGAAAUACCCAAGAAAGGGGUUAAAAGAAAAUUGUAAUUUCUGAAACGUGAUUGAAUAAGCAACAUGUCAGUUUGAUAAAAAGUCUAUCUCCGUCCCCAGGGUCUUUAGGCCCCUGAGCAAUUAAAGCAAAAUGCCCUGGAAACGAGGUUGCCCGCAGUCCUCAAGUAAAAUCAAAACAUUACAUUGCGCGGGAAGUGGUUCAUAACCAAUCAAAUUAUUUUAAUAUUACUAUUCUUUUGUUUUGUUCUGGAGUGAAAAUCCAGAAGCCACAAAUUUAUUUUUUAGCUGCAAACUUAUGAGAUAAAAGUGGUCUGGGUACAAUCUUGUUUCUCGGCAUGAUAAUCAAUUUUUCACAAUUUGAAUGAUGACAAAACAGUUGGCAAUUGAAUAUUGAAUCAAAAUUUAUAUAAUAAUAUUUUCUUUUUUGCAUGAGUAAAUAAUUAAUUUUAGAUUAAACCUGACCUAAUUGGCUGUCAUUUCACAUUUAACCUUAUUGCGAAUAAAACUCGGUGAUUUUCAAGCAUAGCGAGUGUAAGUCACAUUAAUUCGCCAGUAUGUCGGAGUAAUGAAAAGUCACGUUUGAGAAAAGGCUGCGAUAAUAAUAUGGAAAAUGAUUUAUACAACUAUGGCGAGCACCAAGGUUUAGACAACAGUUUGAACUCUCUUAUAAAACUAGUCGAGAAUAACAUGAAAGCUAUACAAUACGAAACAGAAAACUUAUACUCAUCUGAGAUCAAUAAGGAUCAAUACUCGUACAAGGGUAUCCCUUAUGAUACAAAUACGUAUUGGAAAAACCAUUAUUGGGAUGAUAACAAGAAUUUUUCAUUUCGACAAAGAGAACCAGUUGAUGUCUGGACCGAAAAACAAACAGACAUAUCUAAUUGGGAUGAGAAGCCAGCAUUGGAUAUAGCUAAUUGGCAAGAAAAACCAGCCAAAGACAUUGCUAAUUGGCAGGAAAGACCACGAGUUGAAGUCAAAUGGCUAGAAAGACCGAAAGAAAUAUCCUACUGGAGAAAUCAACCAAAGGAUAUCGCUUCCUGGCAGGAUGCUUUGGAGAGGAAUCACGAAAGAACCUAUGGUGUAUGGGGAGAUUAUUUUCGCCAAAUUAAUAAACCGAAAAAAGAUAAUAACCCGAAACGGGUUCAGUUCACCAAUCACCAUAAUGGCAUAGUUGUUCCGGAUAACUACAGAAACCUUUUCGAGCCCCGUGAGAAAGAAAAUAAAUUAAGUAAGAAAAAUUCGGUCAUUUUUGGCGAUGAAUUGGACAGUAAUUGGAUUAGAAAAUUCCGCUUAGAUUCUGUAGAGAAAUGUCACAGAUGUCAGAAGGACAUUUUUCCGUCAGAGUUGAUUCGUCUUGCUGAUAAAACGUGGCACAAAUGGUGCAUCAAGUGUAAACAGUGCUGGCUCACCUUAGAUGAUCCAAACAACAUCAAAAUGUUUUCAGGAGAAAUUUACUGCAACCGUUGCCACAACAAUAUGCUUACGUCAUCAUUCUAUCAAUUAAACCCAGAAAUGGCGCCUUAUUAUAGAUCAGGGUUGAAGGUGGAACCUGACGAUAAUAAAUUAAAACACGCGCUUGCUAGAAAAUACUACAAUGGCAGAUACCAUAUGUUUGAUCGAAAACCUGUUUAUGAAGAAUUCGGUUUGUGGAAUAACACGUAUCAAUACCCAUACGAACACAUCUACGAGAAUCAAGAUGCUAUACUCAUUAACUCGUAUAGAAACCCCUCAAAACCUAAAAAACCGUUAAGAGGUAUUCUAAAACGUUUCAAACCUCUACCACCCAACCCUCCAGAGUAUUUACUACUUCAUAAACAGUUUAUGCACCCUCUUAGUCGACGAUACUUGGAAGAAAUCGAGAGGAAAUCGAUAAAAUACGAUAAUACGCUUGAUGAUAGAAAGCAUCUGUUGGAAAACGAUAAAAUUACGAUCAAUUUGAAUAAAAAAGAACCACAUCAAAGUGCUGAGGAAGGUAAUGGUUUUCAGACCGUAUACGAAACCAUCUUAAAGUCGGCUCGAGAUACUUGGAUAGAUGAAUACGGCGUGCCCGUUCGAAAUAAAAAAUAUAUGUUUGAAAAUUGGAUUGAGAACAAAAACCGUUCAUCGUUCGUUGAUAAGGAAUAUCGAUUGCCGAAUUACUAUGAGCAAAGAUCUGCCAAUGUCAUUCGACACGAGGCUGUGCCUUUACGUAGCGUUGCACGAAUCAAGCAAGAUUUUUAUAAUAAUAUCAACAACCAGAAAGUAGAUGAAAGAAAAACGCACAGUUUAAGAAGGGGAGAUGUUACAAAUAAAAUCGUUGAAAUUGAAAACAUGAAUCUGACAAGUAAGGACGUUGAGAAGGACGCAUGGAGAGACGAUAUGAAAAGUUAUGAAGAAAACCAAAACAUUCCAGGAGGUGAAGACAUACAAAUCUAUCAAACUCGAACUCAAUCCCCUGAAUCUGAGAAUCAACCGAGGCAUGUCAAAAGCCCUGAAGAUGCAAAGAACGAGAUUAAGCAAAAAAACCCUGUUAAUAAAACUAAUAAUGUUGAGUCAAAAAACGAGUUGGAAACAUCGUCCAAGCCUCAAAGGGGAGAAAAAGUAUACGUUCCUAGUGAAGAUGGGAAACGGAUGCAACGUCCUUCUAGCAUAAAAACAAAAUCAAGUGCAAAAACAAAUAAAUCGGAAAAGAAGGUUUCCUUUACAGGCGAGCCAGAACCUGCGAAGGGACCUGCAGUUGUUGAAUUUCGCCUGUCCAAAGAUAAUCGUUUUUAUCUUGAUAAACUUGAGAACGAUCGUGAGGAUGCCAAACAGGCGUCGUUCAAAUAUGUAGGUGAUUUUAAAGAGAAAAAGGAACAGGUCGAUGAAGAACCGAAAGCCCCGGGGAAGGAUAUAACAAACGAAACACUUAGUCCAGGAAGGAGAGCAUACUCCAGCACGGAUCGGAAAUUUGAACAGCGUGGGAGUAAAGCUCAAGUGCGAGAACAAGAGGAUACACCAAAAACAGUGGAAAUAGACAAUACCAAAUCGUUGGAACCGCAAAGUCCUCUCUACCACCCACAAGAACUUAAGCAGGUAGAAGAAGUAAAAGAUGAACCUGUUGAAAAGAUUGAAAAAGUUAAAGAAGUUGUAAAAAUUGAAAGUAAGGAGGAGGGUGCAGACAAUGCUCCUCAUAAUGACGUCAUACCACCAUUAGUUCAAAACCAAAUGCAUGCAAUAGAAGUACCUGAUUUUCACACGGUAACCGAACGAAAAGGCUCUGACGUGUCUGUUAUUUCACAAGAAAAGCCCCAACCGAAAAUUGACUUAGCAAGCACGUUCCAGCCUUAUCAAAGAGCUUCAUUUACAGAUCUUGUUGAUACUGGUAACAAUCACAUGAGAGGGAUGAAGAAAAAGAAGCCAAAAUCUAAAGGAUUUUUCCGAAAAAUAAUAGGACUUUAAAAACCGCCGUUAUUGAAGUUCCCUGUUAAUCAUGAUAUAAAUUUGGGUUUACGAAUCUAAAAAUACCCUUAUCAAACCACAAGGAUAAACAGAUCAGUUUUUUACGGCUCGUCACGUGAACACUGCUAACCAAUGAAAGCUCGUACGAAGCUAUGUAAACCAAUAAAAAACAGCAUUAAAA